CAAAGAAAAAAUGUUAACACUUGACAAUCACCUUGCCAAUAUCAUCAAUAAUUACAUUUUACUUGCCAAAGUCAACAAACAACAAGCAUUUGACGACUUGGUAAAGGACGAACAAACAUUGAACUUCCUCGCCAACAGAUUUGGAUCUGUAGAAUUACAGAAUGCCCUGGCCCAGCUCGAUCAAGAUUGUAAUAAUGAGUCAAAUCUCUCUCUUAGCCAAUCAUUGAAGCAUGGAAAGGAACCAGUCAAUUCAACAUCCACUUUUGAAAAAAACUUAAAACACUCUCUCAAAUCAUUUGAAGACAGCGACAGUGAUGACGACGAUAAAAGUGGCUGGGAAGAAACUCAAGCUCUUUAUGAAGAAUUGUGGAAGAGAAAGAGGCAGACAGAAGAACAGUCCAUUAAAGAAUCACACCAAAAGAAGGAAAAGAAAUCCAAUGUUGUGCCAAUUUGUCAAGAUUACAGGGUUGGAUUUUGCAGAUAUGAAAAUAUUGCACACAUUGGCAAAUGUAAAUUUAGACAUGAGGGAAAACGACCAACUAAUUUCGCUUUUACUCUAACGCCAGCUACACCUUCUGAAGACCAAACAUGGAGAACCAAAUUCGUUCAAGCUUUUGAAGGGGGAAAUGUUACUGUCACUUCAAUUCAAAAGAUUGAAAAUAAGACUUUGGAGACAAUGUACAAAUUGAAAAGUGAAGAAAUAAGAAACAGAAGAAAGAUUGAAGAAAUCUCAAACUUUGAACCUUACCUCUACCAUGGAACUACAGAACAAGCUUUAAAUUCUAUCAUGACAUAUGGAAUUAACAUACCAUCUGAUUACAAAGCAGAUCCUACGUGUCCAGUGAGUGGAAAGUUGCCAAUCUCCAUUUGUAAAAAUGAUUGUAAACUUUGCACACAAGCAAGACAUUGCUGGGGAAAUUGUCACAUGUAUGGAUUGGGUGCUUAUUUUGCUGAUAAGAGUGUAAAGAGUGAUCGUUACGUAUAUGAUACAAAUGGAGCCAAAGAUCAUAAAACGGGAAGAAAGAUGCUUGUUUGUAAACUAUUUCCAGGAAAGGUUAAAACAAUUGAUACACAUCUAAACAAACAAGAUCAACACCAUGAUGACAUUCUCCCUCCUUCUGGUUAUGACAGUGUAUUUGCUAAAGGAUUGGGAUCAAAUGCAAAGGUUGGAUUUAGUGUAAUCAAUUCAGAAUUCAUUAUUUUUCAUCCAUAUCAAUGUCUUCCACUCUAUCUCAUUACUUAUAAUAAAGCUUAAUUUAUUUC